AUGUUUGGUAAACCACGGUUGUCAGCCAGCCUUACCCCACGGCAUCCGCACACCGCACACCGCGAGAAUUCCACGCGAAAUCACGCGAAAAUCCUCGACCCCCCGCGAAACCCCCCGCGUCACCAGAAAAAUCCGCCCCCCGGCGUCGCGUGCGUGCGUGCGGUGCGCGCCGCGCCUCACCCAAAAACCCCCCGCCGCGCCGCCGCGAAAUGCCGCUCCUCCCCUCCCCCUCCCCCGCCACCGCCGCCGCCGGCCACGCUGCCCCACCUCCCCCUCCUCCUCCCGCGCGUCCUCCUGCCACGCCGCGCUUCCUCCCACCACGGCCCCCUCCACCUGCGGCUGCUCCCCGCGGCGGCGGCGGCGCCCCUCCCCCCGCCGCCGUCAUCCCCGGACGAGCUGCUCCCGGACCAGGCGACGGGGCUGGUGGCGGCGUCGCAGGCCAACUUCAUGCGGGUGAUCGUCGGCGCCGCGCCGCGCGGGGUGGAGGGGGCGCGCCCGGGCGGGGACCUGCUGUGCGUGGUGCGCGCCCUCCUCAAGAAGAUCCGCCGCCGCGUCCUCGUCGGGGACAGGGUGCUCAUCGGGGCCGUCGACUGGGCCGGCGGCCGCGGGGUGAUCGAGGGCGUCUUCGAGCGCCGCGCCGAGGUGGCCGACCCGCCCGUCGCCAACGUCGACCGCCUCGUCCUCCUCUUCGCCCUCGACCAGCCCCAGCCCGAGCCCGCUACGCUCACCAGGUUCCUCGUCGACGCCGAGUCCACCGGGAUACCUUUCGUGCUCGUCUUCAACAAGGUCGAGCUUGUGGACGACAAGACCAUAUCAUACUGGAGAGAUAGGAUGAAGAGUUGGGGAUACGAUCCACUAUUUUUAAGUGUUGAUCAGAAAUCAGGAUUAUCCGCUCUUGAAGAAACAUUGGAAGGACAGACAACUGUAAUUGUUGGUCCAAGCGGUGUUGGAAAGUCCAGUCUGAUCAAUGCUUUGAGAAGCAACCAGAACAUCUCAGAAGAAGAUCCCAUACAUAAACUAGUUGAGCAGAAUAGUAAAUGGUUUGGUGAACAACGGGUCGGUACCGUGUCGAAGAAAAGCGGCAAAGGAAAGCACACAACACGUCAUGUUUCAUUGCUUCCUAUAGCUGGUGGAGGUUUUCUUGCUGAUACUCCAGGAUUUAACCAGCCUAGCCUGAUGAAAGUGACCAAGAAGGGUCUUGCAGAAACAUUUCCAGAGAUAAGAAAGAUGCUUGCAGAGAAUGAGCCCUCAAAAUGUUUAUUUAAUGACUGUGUUCACCUUGGUGAGCGUGGAUGUGUUGUGAAAGGUGACUGGGAAAGGUAUCCAUACUAUCUACAGUUGCUUGAUGAAAUCAAAAUCAGAGAAUCAUUCCAGUUAAGAACAUUUGGAACAAAAAGAGAGGGUGAUGUCAGAUACAAAACAGGUGUCAUGGGUGUAAAGCAAGCAGAGCCUCGUCUUCAACUCAAAAAGCACAGAAGGGUAUCAAGAAAGAAGAUUAACCAGUCAAUUCUUGAUGAUAUUGAUGAUGAGCUCGACGAAGACAACUAGUUUGAUGUCAAGCAGCGGUCUAGGAAACGAUGACCUAAUUACUUUCUGAUCUAACGGCUACAAACAUUGGGAACCUAUGUAUGUGUUGUACAUAGCUGGCGUAAUCUGUAGCUCCACCAUGCCCUUUAACUUGUAUGCUGAACAGUGAACACUUGCAAAUAGAAAUCUGUAGGCAAAGGAAACUGUAGAAAUAUUUUCCUGUUAAUGGCGAUGAGUAUUUUGUUUCCUGUGAUUUGUGACAGAACAGUGAAAUGAAAGGAAGCUAGGAGUAAACAAAGAACUAGAAUUUCUGAAUCUUUAGGAAAUGUUCGUUUCA